GAUGCUCAAACAACCUCAGCAUCGCCAACAUCAACACAUAGCCCCGAUCAUCCGAACACCAACCUCAACAACAGACGAAGUUUCAGCAACCCGCAGAACAACGAGCGCGUACUGAAGUGCACACUUUGUCACGAGCGACUUGAAGAUACUCACUUCGUGCAAUGCCCUUCAGUCUCAGGACAUAAAUUCUGCUUCCCGUGCUCAAGAGAAAGUAUCAAAAAACAAGGAAGCGCUCAGCUAGAAGAGGAAAAAAGAUAUUUUCAGGAAGUUUACUGCCCAUCGGGCGAGAAAUGCCCAUUGGCCGGUUCGCAGAUGCCAUGGGCAUUCAUGCAAGGUGAAAUUGCAACCAUAUUGGGUGACGAUUUUGAACAAUUCAAAAAGGAGCGCGAAGCCAAUAAUUCUAGUGCUUCAUCAUUGGUUCAAAACAGUAACAGUCAGGUACGAUGCGUGCUUGAAAAAAUGUUUAAAUACAAAGCAGUCGCUUCAAACCAAAACUCUACGUCGCAACAAGCUUCCCCUCCGUCAACCACGACAAGCAUUGCCUCUUCAACUGGUCAAAACGGCAGUGGCCUAAACGUGUCCGCAUCACAACAUGCCACCUAG